AUGUUCGACCUCGCGAACCAGUCGUUCACGCUCCUGAUCAACACGCUUUUGUUCGCGCUGUUCUUCCGGGAGGUGGUGGUCGCGGACGAGUCUCGGGACGACACGCUGUGGUCGGUGGCGGUGGCGGUGAGCCUGGGGAUCGUGGUGGUGCUCUCGCCGGUGCUCGGGGCGGUGGCGGACGUGAAGGGGCUGAAGAAGGAGAUCCUGAUGGUGCUGGGGGUGGCGUGCGCGGGGCUGACGGGCGCGCUGGCGCUGGUGCCCGGGGGCGUGCCCGGGGAGGCGAACACGCGGGUGAUCCUGCUGGCGAUGGCGCUGUACGUGCCGGCGAACGUGGCGUACCAGCUCGGGGAGAACUUCCUGGCGAGCUUCCUGCCGGAGAUCGCGACGCGGGAGAACAUGGGGCGGGUGUCGGGGUUCGGGUGGUCGAUGGGGUAUUUGGGGGCGCUGGUGCUUCUCGGGCUCACGUUCGCGGGGAUGACGGUGUUCGGCCUGGCGGACGAGAAGGCGGGGUGGCGGCCGUUCUUCGUGUUCGCGGGGGUGUGGUUCUUCGUGAUGAUGAUCCCGACGGCGCUGUUCCUGCACGAGAAGAAGCGCGCGGAGCCGAUCGAGGUGAGCCGGACGCUCGUGGGCGAGGGGUUCCACCGGCUGGCGCAGACGCUGCGUCACGCGAGGGACUUCCGGCACCUGGCGCGGUUCCUGCUCGCGUUCCUGGUGUACGGGUUCGGGGUGCAGGUGGUGAUCUUCUUCUCGACGCCGAUCGCGGAGAGCUUCGGGUUCAACGGGGCGAAGCUUGUCUUGUUCGUGGCGCAGAUCACGGUUGUCGCGGGGGUCACGGCGAUGGUGGUCUCGGCGUAUCAGGACCGCGUCGGGCACCGCAAAACCGUGGAGAUCUUCCUGGUGAUCUGGGCGAUCAACGCGAUUGGGCUUGCGUUCCUGGCGUGGCUCCAGGCGUCGCGUGGGCCGGGCGGGACGGUGGACGCGUGGCCGAUCUGGAUCAUCGGGAACGGGCUCGGGAUCGGGCUGGGGGGGAUCGGGACGGCCUCGCGGACGGUCGUGGGCGUGUUCACGCCGACGCACCGGACGGCGGAGUUCUUCGGCUUGUGGGGGCUCACGUACAAGCUGGCGGGGUGCAUCGGCGUGCUGAGCUUCGGCGUGAUGCGCGACGCGAUGGGGCCGGUGUGGGCGCUCGGGCUCCUCGCGAGCUUCUUUGUCGCGGGGUUCGUGAUCCUGCUGUCCGUCGAUGAGAAGGACGGCGUUCGUGCGGCGGAGGCGGCGGAGCGGGAGGAUCAGCAGGCCGAAGCCGGCGAUCGUGCCCGCGAUAUCGAAGCGGCCGACGGCGCUCGCGAGGCCGAUGGCGGCGCUGACCCAGAGCCCCGCGGCGGUGGUGAGGCCGCGGACCUGGCCGCGGGAUUCGAUGAUGGCGCCGGCGCCGAGGAAGCCGAGGGCGCCCAUCAUGCCCUGGACGAGGCGCGUGCGGAGCCCGGCUGGGCGGCGCUGGACCUCGCGUUCCCACCCGAGGACGCCGCCGAGGAGGAGGGCGACGAGGAGCCUCAGCGCGAUCUGCCACCAAUGUUCGGGCAUGUCGAGCAUGGCGUGAUGGUACCGGGUUGGGAUUACACUUCUUUCAUGAAUGUCAGCGAAGAUGUGAUGGCGGCCCCGGACGGGCGCGGGCGGUUCGGCGAGUUCGGCGGGCGGUACGUUCCGGAGACGCUCGUGCCGGCGCUGGAUCAGCUCGCGUCGGCGUACGAGGAGGCUGUCGCCGAUUCGUCGUUCCGGGAGGAGCUGGACCGGAUCCUGCGGGAGUUCGUGGGUCGGCCGACGCCGCUGCACCGUGCGGACGGGCUGACGGCGCUCGUUCGCGAGGGGGCUGGGGAUGGGGACGGUGCGGAGGUGUGGCUCAAGCGCGAGGACCUGGCGCACACGGGGGCGCACAAGAUCAACAACACGAUCGGGCAGGCGCUGCUGACGGUGCGGAUGGGGAAGGAGCGUGUGAUCGCGGAGACGGGCGCCGGGCAGCACGGGGUGGCGACGGCGACGGCGUGCGCGCUGUUCGGGCUGGCGUGCGAGGUGUACAUGGGGGCGGAGGACGUCCGGCGUCAGCACCUGAACGUGAUCCGGAUGGAGAUGAUGGGGGCGAAGGUCGUUCCCGUGGAGACGGGGUCGCGGACGCUGAAGGACGCGACGAACGAGGCGAUGCGUGACUGGAUGGCGAGCGUGGAGGGGACGCACUACAUCCUCGGCUCGGUGGUGGGCCCCCACCCCUUCCCGCGGAUCGUGCGGGAUUUCCAGCGGGUGAUCGGCGACGAGGCGCGCGUGCAGUGCGAGCGGGCCUUCGGCGCCCUGCCGGACGCGGUGGUCGCGUGCGUGGGCGGCGGCUCGAACGCGGCGGGGAUCUUUUCCCCGUUCGUCGGGGACACGGGCGUGCGGCUGGUGGGCGUCGAGGCGGGCGGGAGCGGGACGGGGCUCGGCGAGCACGCGGCGCCGCUGACGUACGGCUCGCCGGGGAUCCUGCACGGUUCGCUCUCGUACGUGCUGCAGAGCGAGGACGGGCAGACGAGCGACGUGCACUCGUGCAGCGCGGGGCUGGACUACCCGGGUGUGGGGCCGGAGCACGCGUACUGGAAGGACGCGGGGCGGGCGGAGUACACGAGUGUCGGCGACGGGGCGGCGCUGGAGGCGCUGCAGGUUCUCGCGCGACGGGAGGGCGUGCUGUGCGCGCUGGAGACGGCGCACGCGGUGGCGCACGCGAUCGAGGCGGCGCGCACGAUGCGCCGGGAGCAGCGGGUGCUGAUCAAUGUGUCCGGGCGGGGGGACAAGGAUGUGGACGAGGUGGCGCGGCUGCUCGGCGGGUGCGCGGUAGAGCCGCAGGGCGAGCAUGAGGCGGCGGAGGGCGUGGUCGUCCGGGCUCUGGGCGAUGGCGCGGUCGAGGUAGGUGCGGGCUUCGCGCCAGCGGCGCUGCUGCAUGCAGGCGAUGGUCAUGUUGUGCAGCGCGGGGACGUGGUCGGGCUUGAUCUUGAGGGCGCGGUUGCAGGCGUCCAUGCCCAGGCCGUGGUUGCGGGACUGGAAGUAGGCGACGGAGAGCGCCUGCCAGGCGGCGGCGUCGUCCUUUCGGCGGGCGACGAGCUCGGUGAAGACGGGGAUGGCGUCUUUGGGGAGCCUGGCGUCGAGGAGGAGCUGGCCCAGGUCGUCGACGGUGUCGGUGGGCGUGGCGGCUUUCUUGGCGCGGAAGGAGCGCAUCUCGCGUCGGAGGAGGCGUCGCGCUUCGGCGAGCUGGCCGUUGUCGAGGUGGAUGGAGGCGAGGUUGCGCCGGGCCUCGGAGUGGUUGGGGUCGAGGCGGAGGACGAGCUUGAAGCGCUCUGUGGCCUCGCGGGUGCGGUGCUGGCGCAUGGCGAGGGAGGCGAGGGCGUUGUGGGCCUCGGCGUUGUCGGUCUGGAUCUCGAGGACUCGGCGGUACUUCUCGCCGGCGUCGGCGAGGCGGUUCAUGUCGACGAGAAGGUCGCCCAUGUCGAGGAGCGUGUCGGUGUCGCCGGGGUUGUCGCGGAGCUCGCGGAGGUAGAGCUGGCGGGCGCGCUCGAGGCGGCCGGUCUGGGCGUAGGCGUAGGCGAGUCUGGCGUGGACUCGGGAGAGGCGCGGGUCGAUGUUGGCGGCCUCGCGGAGGCAGUAGAUCGCGCGGGGGAAUUCGCGGCGCUCGAUGAGCGACUCGGCGACGGAGGCGUAGGCGAGGGCGUGGUCGCCGGGGAGCUGGAGCGCGAGGUAGAAGUGUUCCUCGGCCUUGUCGUGCUGGUUGAGGCGCGUGUAGACCUCGAUGAGGUGGACGUGCGGCUCGGCGGUGUCGGCGUUGCGGCUGGCGGCCUUGAGGAGGUGGCCCCUGGCACGCUCGACCUUGUCGAGGCGGAGGCAGACGACGCCCAUGAGCUGGAGCGUGCCGGCUUCUUCGGGGUCGAGCUCGUGGGCGCGUUCGAGGGCGCUCAUGGCGUCGUCGAGCCGGCCAGCGGCCUCGAGGGUGAGGCCGAGGUUGAAGUGCCACUCGGCGCGGUCGGGGAUGAUGGUGAUGGCCUCGCGGAGGGCGGAUUCGGCCUCGUCGAGGCGUCCCUCUUCGUAGAGCUGGUGCGCUCUUUCGACGAAUUGUUCGGCAUCCUGCCAGCCCCUGGCGGCCCCAGCCGGGGCGGCCAUGAGGUCGAAUUGCGAAAGGGCAUGGGAACGAGCGUGCGACGUUUUGGUGUUUGCGCUUUGAUCGGAUUGACGCUUGCGAGCCCGAUUCCCGGGUGCUCCGCCAAUUCCGCCCGCGCCCAGGACGCCGCGACGGCCGCCACCGAGUCCGAGCAGCUGCUGGAGGAGCUUCGGCAGGUCUACAGGACCCUGUACGCCCUGUCGCCGGACGAGGAGCGUGCUCAGAUCCUUGGACGGCUGUUUUCUCAUUCCCUGGCCCCGAUGCGGGCGUUCGGCCUGGAUCUGGCCCGGCGGACCCUGCUCAACGCCCGGACGGUGCCGGCGGACCUUCUGGCCCGGGCGAGCGUGCUGCUCGCGGACGACGCCCCUGCGGUGCGUCGGAACGCGGCCCAGCUGAUCGCGACGAUGGGCGGCGAGGCGGCCUCUCGGACGCUGGUGGACGCGCUGGCGAUCGAGGACGACGCGUCGGUGGCGAGCGAGAUCCUGCGGGCGCUGUCUCAGAAUCCCGCGCUGGUGUCCGUGGAGGAGCUCGAGCGGUGGAUGGGGACGCGGGGCGAGGCGAGCGACGCCGCGUUCGCGGUGGCGCUCGCGAUCUCGCGCGGGGGCGAGCGGGAGCUGAGCGAAGACCAGCGUCGGCGGAUGCGUGGGCUGAUCGGGGCGUUCGAUGCUGGGCGGAGCUCGCCGGCGCGGGUGUCGCUCGCGUGGCGGCUGGGGAUGGAGGGGUACGUGACGUCCGCGCUGGCCUCGGAAUCGAACGAGCUGCGCUCUUCUGCCGCGACGGCGUUGAUCGGCGACAAGGAACUUUCGGGGCUUGUGAUCGACGCGGCGAUGGUGGACGCGGCGCUGUUCCCGUACGCGAUCGACGGGAUCGUGGCGCACCGCGCGACGGCGGAUGGGUACCGCACGGCGCGGGCGAUGGCUUCCGGGAGCGAGGAGAUCCGGCGGGGUGGGUUGCGAGCGGUGCUGCUGGCGCUGGGGCCGGUGGAUCUGGUGGCGACCGCGCGGGGUGAGAGCGACCUGUACACCCGCGAGUCGAUGCUCGAGCAUCUGGAGGAAGAGCCGCACGCGUCGAGGCUGAACGACGGCCGGCCCUGGGCGGUCGCGCUGCGUGAGCUGGUGAUCACGCGCUCGAAGAUCCGUGACUGCGCGGGCGUGGCGAGCGCGUCGGCGCUGCUGGACACGCUCCGGGGUGGGACGCCGGAUACCGAGACGGCCGAGGCGCGCCUGGUGUGCCUGAUCGAGCUCGGUCGGCUUGAGGAGGCGGAGGCGGUGACAACGGCGCUGCUCGGACAUGAGGAAGAGUCCGUGGGCCGGCUGGCGGACGCGUGGAUCGAGGGGGUCCAGCGGAUCCAGGGCGAUCCGGCGCGGGUCAGCGCGGGCGUCGCGACGGUCGAACGGCUGUUCGGUGAGUCCCUGACGCCGGCGCAGCGCGGGCUGCUCGAAGGGUUCUCGCGGCCCAUCAAAGACCACGAAUACGUGCUCGGGACGAAGUCCGACGAGCUUGACCGGCUUCGGAUGCAGCACGAGUUGUGGGCCGACGUGGCGCGGGCGCAGUGGUCGCGCGCGGGUUUCGGCGCGGGUCAGACGAUCAUCGACCUGGGGUGCGGCCCGGGUUUCGCGACGCGCGAGCUGGCGUCGCUCGUCGGCGCCGGCGGGCGUGUCAUCGGGAUCGAUGUGUCCAAGGGGUUUGUCGAGCACGCGCGGGCGUACGCGAGCGAGGGAUCGGACGCGGAGGUCGAGGCGGUGCACGCCGACGCGCAGGAGGUUUCCAUCGGGGAGGGGAUCGCCGACGGUUUGUACACGCGGUGGGUGCUGUCGUUCACGCCGGAGCCGGAGCGCGUGAUCGAGCGGAUCGCGUCGGCGCUGAAGCCCGGGGGCGUUGUGGCGGUGCAGGACUACGUGAUGUGGGCGAGCCUUCUGUGGGCGCCGCGGAACAAGACGCUCGACACGCUGCGCCGUUCGAUCCUGAGCAUGUACGGCGCGCAGCGCGCGGAUUCGAACGUCGGGCAGAAGGUCCCCCCGCUGCUGGCGGCGAACGGGUUCGAGAUCCUGGAGGUUCGGCCGCUGCACCGGAUCGCGCGUCCGGGCGAGCCGCUGUGGCAGUGGCCGACGGUGUUCUUCAGGACGUUCCUGCCGAAGGUGGUCGAGGCGGGGCAUAUGACUCGGGCGGAGUUCGAGGCGUGGGACGCGGAGUGGCGCGAGCUGGAGCGCACGCCGGGAUCGUUUUUCAUGACGAUGCGUCCGACCCGCACCACUCUAUUCGGCGUUGUUCUGCUGGCCGCGCUCGCGUCCGUGGCGUUCGCUGUCUCGCCGAUCGACGCGGAGGCGUGCGGGUCCGAGGCGGGCGGGGAGGUUUCGGCCGCGGGUGUCGCGUCCGGGGGUGCGGGGUCGAUCGACUUCUUCACGAACUUCGGCCGGUACAUGCCCCGCGUGCACUGCAUGCGGACGGCGGAGGGGAACCCGGACUGGUUCUGGAUCGCGCUGCUCGUCGGCUUGACGCUCGGGGUCGUGGUGUUCUACGCGCGGAUCUAUGUGUUCUGGCGCCGUGCCUACCUGGACGAGGAGGAGCGGGACCGCAACACGAAGCUGAUGGACCUCGCGAAUAUUUUCUUCUGGUGCGCGGUGUGCGGGUACGCGAUGUCGAUCGUGAUGUUCGUGUGGCCGGCGUACCGGCUGCUGGCGCUGUUCCUGCUGGUGCUCAAUAUCUGGUCGCUGCGGUUCUGCCUGAGCCCGAACGAGUUCCGCGUGUCGCUCAGCGCGAAGCGGCUGGAGCGGGAGCUCCGUGAAUCGCUCGAGGAGCGGAACCAUGAGCUCGAGCGGCUGGUCGCGAAGAAGACGGCGGACCUGGAUCUCGCUCGGAUCGAGGCGGAGAAGGCGAACGCGGCGAAAUCGAUCUUCCUGGCGAACAUGAGCCACGAGAUCCGGACGCCGAUGGCGGCGGUGAUCGGCUACUCAGAGCACGCUCUGGAGCACCUGAGCGACGAGGAGGAGCUGCGGGGCUCGCUCGAGACGGUGCGCCGGAACAGCGAGCACCUGCUCGGGAUCAUCAACGACGUUCUGGAUCUCUCGAAGAUCGAGUCCGGGAAGCUCGAUGUGUCUCCCGAGGCGUUCGAUGUGCACCGGGCGGCCCGGGAGGUGAUCGACCUGCUGUCGCACCGCGCUGCGACGAAGAGGCUCUCGCUCACCCUGGAGGGUCUGGAGAGCGUGCCGCGGGUGAUCACGAGCGACGAGGUCCGGGUGAAGCAGAUCCUGGUGAACCUGGUGAGCAACGCGAUCAAGUUCACGGAAGAGGGCGGUGUGCGCGUGGUGCUGUCGUUCGACCGCGACCGGGCGCCCGCGAAGCUCACGAUCCGGGUGAUCGACACGGGCAUCGGCAUCCUGCCGGAGUGCCAGCACCAGCUGUUCCGCCCGUUCGUGCAGGCGGAUUCCUCGAUCACGAAGCGGUACGGCGGGACGGGGCUCGGCCUCACGAUCUCGCGGAUGCUCGCGCGCCAGCUGGGGGGCGACGUUUCGCUGGAGCGCUCGUGCGCGGAGGGGUCGCGGUUCUGCGCGGUGGUGGACGCUGGUGAGUAUUCGGACAACGCCACGCACCUGCUCCCGACGGAGGGGGCGCUGCCGGGCUCGUCGGAUUCGGUCUCCUCGGUGCUCGAGGGCGUGCGUGUGCUGCUGGUGGACGACAACGUCGACAACCGUCGGCUGUACCGGCACCACAUCAAGAAGGCGGGGGCGACGGUGGACGAGGCGUACGACGGGUGGGAGAUGCUCGGGUUGCUCGAAGACGGGCGCCGGUACGACGUGAUCGUGCUGGACAUGCAGAUGCCGGUGAUGGACGGGUACACGGCGGCGCGGAGGCUCCGCGACCGUGGCGACCUGACGCCGGUGCUCGCGCUGACCGCGAACGCGAUGGCCGAGGACCGGGACGAGUGCAUCAUGGCGGGGUGCGACGAGUUCCUGAGCAAGCCGGCGACGCGGGCGCAGCUCGUUGGGAUGAUCUCGGCGCUGCUCGAGUCCUCGCGCUCUUCGUGA